UGACGCUGUGUGCGCGAGGAAACGAACGGUCAUCUACUACUUUAAUGGUUGCUAAUAACCGCCGCCCAUGCCAUUCAGACCAUUCAGAUAUGUUCAGCUCUUCCGGUUAAGUAGCUUUACCGGCGAACUGCGUUCGUCAGCAAGUCCGUCCCGCCGUCUCAGACCGACAUUUCACAGCGGUCUUCCGUUACUCUUCGCCCGGAAACUCACGAUGCAAUCGAGUGGAAAUGUAACCAGCUUCAGCGGCUGCGACAAGGAGAGCUUGGGCGGAGAUGGCAAGCCAGGGCCGGGGCUGUUCAGCAACAUUCCUACUGUCACAACAGAAAACACGGGUCCUCCCUUAGAGAAGAAACGAUUGGGAAGCACGCUUGUCGUGAACGAGAGAAACUUGAGGACCCCAAGUCCUCUGUCUGGGGCCAACUUUGAUGAUGACUCGGAGGCAGAGUCUUUUCGGGAUGGGAGAACCGAGGAAGUCGACCGGGACACCAGGGUCAGGGCGUUCGCUUGGUGCCGGGACUUUCUGUCAGGGUCGUGGAAGACUAUCCAAGAGGAUGACUUUCAAAUCAGCAUCGUAAGUGGUGGACUGAGUAAUCUGCUGUACCUGUGUUGUUUGCCUGAACAUGUGCACUGUGUGGGAGAAGAACCUCGCCAGGUGCUCCUCAGAGUCUAUGGUGCCAUCUUACAGGGAGUGGACUCUCUGGUGCUGGAGAGCGUGAUGUUUGCCAUCCUGGCAGAGCGGACUCUAGGGCCAAAACUUUACGGCAUCUUCCCAGAGGGACGCUUAGAACAGUACCUUCCGAAUACCCGCAUGUGCACACAUCAACUUUCAGAUCCUGCCGUCUCAGCUGAGAUUGCCACCAAGUUGGCGCGUUUCCAUAACAUGAUUAUGCCCUUUAAUAAAGAGCCUAAGUGGCUGUUUGGGACCAUUGACAGAUACAUGGAUCAAGUGAUGAAGCUUAAUUUUGUACGGGAGGCACAUUUGAAGAAGUACAAGAAGCUUAUGAAGUUGGAUCUGCCUGCUGAGCUGGAGAGCCUCCGUGCAUUGCUGGCAGUGACUCCAUCGCCAGUGGUGUUUUGCCACAAUGACGUCCAGGAAGGUAAUAUUCUCAUACUGGAAGACAAGGACCACUCCUCAACAGAACAACUCAUGCUGAUAGACUUUGAAUACAGCAGUUACAAUUACAGGGGUUUUGACUUUGGGAACCAUUUCUGUGAGUGGAUGUACGAUUACACCUACAACCAGUGGCCUUUCUACAAAGCCACACCAGAGAACUACCCCACCAGGGAGCAGCAGCUUCAUUUUAUAAGGCAUUAUUUGGCAGAACAGAGGAACAAAACAGAACAGAACUCUGAUAUUACCGUGGACCAGAAACAGAUCGAAGAGGACAUGAUAAUAGAAGCAAACAGAUAUGCAUUAGCGUCUCACUUCCUCUGGGGGUUGUGGUCCAUCAUUCAAGCCAAGAUAUCCAAGAUUGAGUUUGGAUACAUGGACUAUGCCCAGUGUCGUUUUGAUGCCUACUUCAAGCAAAAAAAGCUCUUCUCCUGAAUUCCACCAUGUUCAUCAGAAUGUACUGUCUCAUUUUGUUGUCCUUAUCAUUGUUCAAGCCUGUCUCAUGUUUCUGUUAUGAUGAUUUUUUUCAUCUAUGUGUUAGUGGAACUCCAGCUCUAUGCAGCUCUGCCUAUGACAAGUAUUGACUUGUGAAAGGUAGAAAUUUACAUUUUAAGACUGCACACACAGUUUAGACUUUCAGGCAAUCCAUUAUACAUACUUAUCCCUAUAGUGUGAAAUUUUGUUUGGGCAGAUAUAGCUCUAUAGCACUGAAUGUUGUUUAUCAUUUAAGGGGCUCAGACAAUGUGAUGUUCAGUUAUUUUAUUUUAUCACCCAUUUUUAGAUGCACUUCACUUCUCUGGACCAUUUUUUUAACACUGACAUUGUUAAUUCUUUAGCUGUGCUCUCUGAGCAUGUCAGUGAUGGACAAUCCUGGUUACCAGAGAAUUCAUGUCUUUUCAUUUCAGACUGUAAAUCUUACUGUAAUAGUGAUUUUGGUAUAUUAAACCAAUAGUGUUGAGUUCAGUGUGGAAAGCCUUUGUAUAACUCUUUGGUUUAGUGUUUUUAGUCAUUCUACCUCUCUUCUUUCUUCUGAUGAUCAUUCUGCAUUCAGGUGUAUAGACCUGUUUCAUAAGGACUGACUGUAAAGGCAUCCUGUGAGGGAAGAAGCAAACUGAAUAUUCUCACUCCCUUUACUCCCUUCCACUUCACUCUCAGCUAUUCCAAAUGUUAACUGUCUCGUCUGUCACAGGCAGUUUUACUGCAGAAUAUGAAGUUAAAAGCUUACCUAUAUUCAUCAAAUUGUCGCAAGGGCUAUUUUAUACAGUAUCACUGUAGUCAAUACAAUAGUUAGUAAAAUAGUUAAUCUCGCCAUUAGAACUUAUAAUACAUUUAAUACAUUUAAGUCUGUAAAAUUGGAUGUUUGUUAUUAACUGUACAUCUCUGCUGCACGUUUAACUCUCUGCCCAUAUUUAAUUCAGACGGGAUUACCUCUGGUCAUCUAUGUAUCGUUCUUUGUUGAUGUCAGUCAUAUUAUUCAGAGUUUUGUUUUUUUCUUAGUUUUUUGGUUUGGUUUUCUUUGCCAAGAAUAAUAACUUUUACUGAUUGCCUACAUUAGAGCUAACAAUAAUUAAAAUCUAUGUUGAUAAAGUCA